CAGCUGUGUAUAUCCCGACCCAGACUCGCCCGUUUGACCCUACUGACAUCAAAGCCAUGUCUCAUCAUCUGUUCUUGUUGUCGCCUUCAGACACCCCACUCUACAGCUUGACACAUUACUCUUCUAAGCCGUCGCAAACAACAACAUCUCCCUUGGCCUCCAACCUUCCCAGCUGGUCCACUUCUGCCUUCGCUGGGACACUGAGUGCUUUGUCUGGCGCGACUGUGGCAACACAAGCACACCAUGGACAGGGCGGGACAGUGAAGAUAGGCGGUGGGCAGGACAGGCAUGUCAUACAGAUGAUAGCGAACGCGAGUUUGGACGCUAUUGAGGAGGUUAUGCGCAAGGACAGUGUAAUGUACUUGAAAUCCGUAGACAAGUUCAAUGAGUGGACGGUCUCAGCGUUCGUGACGCCCGGCAACAUGAAAUUCGUGCUGCUACACGAGUCCCGUAACGACGACGGGAUCAAGGCGUUCUUCACUGAUGUCUGGGAGCUGUACGUCAAGACGAUGCUCAAUCCGUUCCACACGGCACACACUCCUAUCCGGAGUGCCGUAUUCGACGCUCGGGUUCGAGCUAGUGCGAAGAAACACUUGUAGCGUGCAGCAAGCGUGUGGCUGACGAGACAAAAGCGUGUGGAGAGGCGGGGCCAACGUCAGCUGCUCUAUUGUCCUUGCCAGGACCAAAGAGACAAGACGCCGACAGCUGGGGCCUGUAGGGAGCAUCACAUUUCAAUUCCCCUCAUGCCAAACAGAGCACGACAUAUGAGUGUACCGGUAUUGUAGGAUGUACUUAAUGCGAAUGGAUAAUGGCCAUUGCACAGGCG